CAACUGAGGAAACGUCUUCGUGCACAACCUAUCUUUCAUGUUUGCGCCAGUGAUAAAAACUGUAUUACUGAUGACACCUAGGGCAUUGUGAUACAGCAUUCAAGAUGGAACCAGAAGCUGGGGAGCCAGACAACAAUGAUAACUUGGCCCCUUGGUCAGGUUCAGAUGGUUCUCAGGAACUCUAUGCAUCUGAGUCCUUGGCAGAGUCUUACUACGAAGAUGAUGCCAGUGACGCAGAGUACCGAUCAGACCCUCGCCCUAUCACUCAUUCCCAAAAAUCUGACAAUGAGUCCCCAGAACACCUUCAGCCACAUGACUGGGAAUCUGCAGGUGAGCCACAGUCCCGGUGUGAACUGAGUGGAAGCGAAGAGGAUGUCUCAUACCAAGAAGAAGAUCAUGUCUACCACAGUGAAUCAAGAGAAUCUAUUGCAGAGUCUCCCCACAUCCAAACCUCACCAAAACCGCUGUCUCCACAACAACAGUGUUCUGACUCUGAGCCAUAUGCUGGCCACAUAUCACGAGCACAUUCCCACUCGUCUUCCUCCUCUGUUGGCCGCACUGCUGAUAUGACCCUGGCCUUGACCCUGGGUGCAGAUCAGCCUCUGGGAGCCAGCAAUAGGCAGGGCUCAGGGACUGGGAACAGGAGGGUUGAAUCCUCAGAGGAAGGAGGGAGCAGUGAGGCACCUCCUGCUUCUGUCUUCUUUGGAAUUUCAGACGAGGUUGCUGAGCAGGCAGAGAAGUGGAACUCGGAGUCUGACACAGAUCUGUGCAGACCGGACAGGCACAGGGCAAGGCACACACGGCUCGUUCACAGCGAGAGCCAGUCAGAAAGACAAGCCAAGGAGAACAAGUCUAAAUGUAAGCGACUUGCUCUUCUACUAACCAACGCACCCAACCCUCAGAAUAAAGGAGCCUUGCUGUUCAAAAAACGUCGCCAGAGGGUUGAGAAGUAUACACUUGUGAGUUACGGGACUGGUCAAAACCAGUUUGAUGGUGACGACCAAAUAGAGGAAGAAACUGAAGACGUCAGAUCAGCUGAGUAUAACUUUGAGGCAACGAGUGAGUCUGAGUUAGAAGAGGAAUAUUCUGUUCAACAACACCAGCAUAAUAUAAGUCUGACUUGGGGAAGUCUUCGUGAAAUGGAGGCGCUUCCAGAUACAAAAGGGAAGGGCGUUUUGAUGUUUGCUCAACGUCGCAAACGGAUGGAUCAAAUGGUGUCAGAGCAUGAAGAUGUAAGGAGUAAAGUAUUACCAGUGGAGAGAUCAUUUGAACCUGAACCCGCAGAUGCACAAAAUAUUUAUGACCCAAAGGAAAUGUACAUGCAUACUGACCAAGCUGGCUACAUGGAUGCAAAUUUCAAGCAACAUGUAGUUUACCAAGAAAAUAUUCAACAAAUGAACCACCUUUCCGAUGUGUCAAGACCCUUGGUGCCAAACAGAACUGCAAAGCCUUUCUUAGGAUUUCAAGACGGCAGAACUGCUUCUGUCAUGCCUGGGGGCAUUGUUCCAGCAACAAAGAAGCAGGAAGCAAGAUUUAGGGUACCUGUGCCUAUUAGUACUGAGCCACGGGUUUGGUCUCCAACUGGAGACAUCAUAGCAUCAAGACAUGAGCGAAUAUCUGUGCCAGCAAUCAAGACUGGCAUUCUACCAGAGUCAAAACGGAGAGCAACCAACAAACAGCCAGCAAAGUUGCCACAAGAAUCAAGUCAUCAGCUUCAAAACAAAGGGGAUAGGAAGUCAUAUAUUGAGCCAGAGGAAGACUUAUUUAGUCUGGGUGCUGAGGCUUGUAACUUUAUGCAACCCAGAACAGUAAAACUGAAGAAUCCUCCUCCAGUUGCCCCAAAACCUACCAUCAACCCAGACUGCCCACCUUGGAUGAGAAAGAGUCCCUCCUGCGAGCCCUAUAUUCCAUCAAGAAGUCCUGUUUUACAGCCUUCUCACAGUCCUGUGGGGCCCCAUAGUCAACAUUACUUGCAGCAGCAAGACUGGGCUCAGUCUCAACAGAUGGCCAACCAUUGGGCACCAGAUCAAACUCAGGCAACACUUCAAACACCUGCCAGUGCCUGGGCUCCGGUCAGCUCCGCUUCUCAGCUUCAUCUACAGCCAACCACAAAUAGCUGGAGUCAACAGCAGCCACGAUCCCCUGUGAGUAUGCACUCGCGCAGUCCUACUUAUAGCCCACAUCAAGCACCUUCCCCCUUGAGGAAUAAGUUGGACAAUGCUCCGCAAUCAGUUGCCUCUUGUCCACCACAAGCAGGGAUGUCAUACAUCCAUGAAUCAAAAUCAGACAGAGGAAUUAAUCAGGCUGGUGGUGGUAAAGGUAUGAAGGGGAAAGGUGCAGAGUUGUUUGCCAAAAGACAGUCCCGCAUGGAGAAGUUUGUUGUUGAUGCUGAAAAAGUCCAAGCUAAAAAAACAAGAUCCCCCUCCCCAACCUCAUCUCUCCCCAACUAUUGGAGGUAUUCCUCCAAUGUUCGUGCCCCACCCCCUAUAUCUUAUAACCCUAUUCUUGCUCCUUUCUACCCUCCAUCAGCAGCCAAGCAACGCCCCUCUACGAGCCCCACCAUCAAGCCUAAGACAAAAGAGAAACCUAAAGCACCCCCAAAGCACCUCAAUGCCUUAGAUAUUAUGAAGCAUCAGCCUUAUCAGUUGGACUCAUCACUGUUCAAGUAUGAUGCAGUCCCAGAAGCCAGGAGCCCCAGCCCUAAACCAACCCCAGCAUCAAAAUUUGAGGCUACCAAAAGCCGUAAACAGAGAGCUGCCCCUUCUCAUUCUCCCCAUAAAGCCCAAGAGCUUGCAGUUCAGGGCAAGGCAGAGGCCCCUGCAAAGUCUCCUGUAUUGGUAAGUUCCCCAAAUUCUUCUGCCCGCAAAACCACAAGGUCAGCUGAGCCUCUUGCAAUUGGUGAGAACUUGGAUGAAAAGCACACUGUCACAGCCCUUGACAUAACCAGCGAGCAACCACCAACUGCCCGACCUGCAAGCGCAGCCUCUCAGCAGUCAUCUAUCGGUGACAGCAUAGCUGCAGCUUUUUCUCCUGCAUCUCUCAUUGCUAGAGGCGUACGUCAAAUGGCACCUAAGCCAAAGUUUUCUGCUAAGAAGCCAGUGAUGGCUGGCCCACAGUGGAAAACUGUUGCUUUGAUCAAUUAGCAAUAAUACUGCAUAUGGUUAUGUGUAGGUGAAGUAAAAAAAAUAGACAAUAGAACACAGUUACAGCUGCAGCUGCAAAGUAGUAGAAACUUAAAUGUCUUAUUCAACAGGGAGAAAUGUAUGGAUUUUUGCACUGUCUGUAUGUAGGCCAACUCAAAACUCCUUUACACUAUGCAGAUAUCAGGACAUAGCUGCCAAUGUUAGGAAAGCAUAAGAAAAAUUGAAGUUACACCAAGGAAAGCUUUAAACUCAAUAUUUAUUGACUACAAAUCAAAAAAGGUAAAUAGCAUCAUGUGAUAUCAUUUCCUUAAACUUGGUGAUGUAUGUGUGUUUUAAAAAGGAAAUGUGAGACUAAGUAUUUGAAUUAUUCUCAGGAAGUGCUGUUAUACGUGCAAUAAUCUGUGAAGAGGGCCUUGUCUAACAAGGGUCUCAAAUUUGAGAUUGUUUUCUUUCUUUAGUUAUCUUUUGUAACAAGAUGCAUAGCAUGCAUUUCUAUACACAGUUUACCCUAAAUAAUACAUUUAACAGUAACUAUUAUUCAUUCAUGAAUUUUCUGAAUUCAAAUUUAAACUCAAAUUAAACUUGGGUAACAAUAACUUACUUUUGCAAUCCCAUAUACAAACAUUAUUUAAUCAUUCAGUGUGUCCGAGGAGAAACUGAUUAUGCACUUCUUUUUUUUUUGGAUGCAUACAAUUUGCAAUUCCUUCAGUCUCAUUCCAAACUUUUACGGAAUCACAACAGGUAAAAGCAAUAAUUUUAGUUGUGAUCAUUACUCCUGAUUACUUUGAAUGUGUUUUAUGUGGAUAUAUAUUUCUGCAAUUGUCAUUUAUGGCCAGUUAUUGAACUAUCAGUGAAGUCAUCACACAUUCUGUAAUCUGUAUCCUCAUCCUUGAUGUAAAACAUGAACAAGUUACCAUGCAGAUUUGUAACUAUUCAGUCAUCACAGUAGACGCUGAAUGGAAAUAGGAAAUGUUUGUCUUCUUUGUCUUUCUGUCUCUGUCUUUAAAACAUAUCACUGUUUAUUGCACUUCUUGAAUUUGGCACAGCCAUGAUAUUAAAUGUCUCUUUCCUUCU